GCAAAGCUCAAAGCCAUCCAUCGUGAAGACUUUUCUUGUUAGACUUACAGUUACAGUUUUACCUCUCAUGGAGACUCUCCUCGCAGAAAACUUCACCAUGUUGACAAUUUGUCAAUUUUAUCUGAUUAUGUGGAACGUCCUCCAUACAAGUCCCUGUGUAAGCUGUUACUAUGGAAAUGAUAACAUAUUAGAAUGAGCACAUUCAUAUAAUCCUGUUAUUUUAAUUGCAGCUGGCAAUGUCUGAGCUGAUGUUAUAGAAAAUUAAUCAGGAACUUCUGACAAAUUAGGAAGGUGAAUUCAAUAGCACAUAACAAAUAUCAUGUAUUACAUGUUAUACGUAUAUGUAUACGUGUAUAUUUACAUUUAUUCAUUUAGCAGACGUUUUUAUCCAAAGUGACUUACAAAUGAGGAAUAAAAUUAUAGCAUUAUAUCUCAUACUAAAUUGUUUCAGAAAUUAAAACAACAUCUAAGAUAAAACAAAGGCAACCUGAGUAAACACAAAAUACAGUUUUUAAAUGGUAAUGUUAUUUAAUGAAGCAAAAAAGUUAUCCAAUAACAACUGGGCCUGUGUGAAAAUGUAUUUGACCCGUAGUUACUAAUUCCCCAAAUCUAUGUCUGCAUUCAUAAUGGGGUUCAGCUGGACUAGAAGCGACCAGGUCUGAUUACUGCAAACCCUGUUCAAUUAAAUCAACACAUUAAAUCAGAACUUUUUCAACAGCAUGAAAUUGGUUAAAAGGUCUUACCCAAUAACACACUAUGCCAAAGUUAAAAGAAUUCCAGAAAUUAUGAGGAAGAAGGUGAUUGAAAUACAUCAGUCUGGGAAGUUACAAAGCUAUUUCAAAGGCUCUGGGACUCCAAAGAACCACAGCGAGAGCCAUCAUCUUCAACUGGAAAAACUCAGGAAAAAGGCACAGUAGUGAACCUUCCCAGAAGUGGCCGACCUUCCAAAAUUCCCCCAAGAGCACAGCAACGACUCAUCCAGCAAGUCACAAAAGGGCCAAGGACAACAUCAAAGGAACUACAGGCCUCUCUUGCAUCAAUAAAGGUCACUGUUCAUGACUCCACUAUCAGAAAGACACUGGGCAAAAAUCGCAUCCAUGAAAGAGUGGCGAGGCAAAAACCACUGCUAACCCAGAAGAACAUUAAAGCUCAUCUGAAUUUUGCAAACACAUACUUGAUGAUUCUCAAACCUUUUGGGAGAAUGUUCUGUGGACUGAUGAGUUGAAAGUGGAACUGUUUGGAAGACAGGGGUCCUGUUAUAUCUAGCAUAAACCAAACACAGAAUUCCACAAAAGAACAUCAAGCAUGGUGAUGGCAGUGUAAUAGUGUGGGGAUGCUUUUGCUGCUUUAGGGCCUGGGCAACUUGCAGUAAUUGAGGGAAACUUUUGAGGGAAAUUCUGCUCUCUACCAGAAAAUCUUAAAGGAGAAUGUCUGAUCUUCACUAACUAUUUAGGAAGAGAUAUACACAAAAGCAGCAGAAAUCAGGAUACUUUUUAGAAAGCAAAUACUUUUUCACAGCACUGUAUAUAAGUAAUUGUUUCGUUAAUUGUUGUACUGUUUUAUAAAAAACACUUACAGAUAACUCAAGAAUAACAAGCACAGUCAUAAAGAUUUAUGAAUAUCCUAACUUAUGAAAAUAUGAAAGAUUCAUAUUAAUAUAUGAAACUGUUUUCAAUAAAGAUGCUAAGUGAUAACAGCUGUAUGUGGUUGAGAAGAAUGCCGUUUGCUGUUUACAUUGUUCCUUUUCUGUCUGCUUCCCUUUUCAUCAAAAAAAUAAUUGCAGAAGUAGUGAGAGCUAAGCAUCAGGCAGGACGAGUGUAGCAAUCAUCUGGUGAGUUUCCUGGUGGUGUCUGACUCUUCUUCUCAGAAUAAACUCCUGUGUGUGUCUGUCAAUGACCAAGGCAAAAAAGUACAAGACUUUCCCAUCAUACACACUGGCUCAGCGCCUGAAUACAUCUCACCUGGCCUUCUCUGACCUGCUGCAACUGGUGAUCUUCUACACUUUAAGCAGGGAUGUGUUGCCUUUGUGUUUGUCGAUUCCUUCAUGGGUGUGGGGUUUAACUAAAGGACCAGAGCAUCUUGUUUCACAACUCGGUCCAAAGGCCUGGCUUUGUCCUUCAUCAGAUCUGCUGCCAGACACAAUGAGUCCAGGAACACCAGACACUCAGGACACUGUAAUGUGCACCAUACAGUUAACAGCAGCCAAUGGUGCACUCUGCUUUAUCAACCCUCUGUAUCUCCAAGAGCAUGGAGAUGAUUGGCUGACACAUUCCUCGGUCAACCCAAAUCUCCUCAAUCGCCCCUUCCAUUCCAAGCGAGACAGGCGGCUGAGUGCAGCAAGAGCUUGGUCAGGGGCGGGGCUUAAGAAGCGAACCGAGUCAGUGGAAGAUUCAUCUGCCAGUUUGGACAGCUCAGCAGGUUCUCUUGUUCAGAACCCGGUUUCCCCGGUGACUCCAACUGGAGUCAUUUUGCGCAGAGCAAGCAGCUCUGGGACAUCAGAUCCUCAAAAGAGGGAGAGUUCGGAUUCAAUCAGCAGCCCCAUCCCUCAGUCUCCGCACCGAGUGUCUUGGGUUGAGGAUAAACUAUGGAUGAAUCCACCUGCUCCUUCCUCCCUGCUCCACCCUCCUUGCCUAGAAUUUGAUUCUCUGUCAAUUAGCAGCAUAGAAGAGGAGCCUGAUCCUGAGCCAUCUGUAAGCCCUUUCCAAGUACUAAACUCACCACGCCUCCCACUGGCUGACAAGGUUAAGAACAGACUUUCAGCAGUUGGCCAGGCUCUAGGUGGCUUAAUGAAUCCACAGAAACGACUGAGUAAGCGUGUGCAGGAAAUGAGUGAACGUAAGGGCGGUUCCUUUGCAGAGGCUCUAAGGGGAUUUGUGGAGCAGACUCUGAAAAUGAGACCUGUUUGUGGUGUGACAAGUACAGAGAUGCUGCAGGAAGUGCGCUCCUCCCUGACGGCUCUGAGGGAAAUGUUGUACGACUCUGUUGAAAUCCAAAGUAUCGUAGACUCCCUGGGAGAUGUGCCUGAUUUUGAGCUGGAUGUCAUGCUGGAGCAAGCCUUACAUAAAGUGGCCCUGAAGCCAUUGUAUUCCCAUUUGUACGAGUGGAUGAAGAUGGCUCGGCAGAACGAUGGCAGUCUGCAGCAGCUGCAAGCAAACCAGCACACGCUGAAGGACCGAAGCCUAGAGGAGCUGGAGGGGACAGCGGGUGCAGGUGUGCCUGAUGCUGCCAUGCUGGAGAAGAUCCAGCAACGCUGGGCUACCAUGCACCAACAAUACUCACCCCAAAAUAAGGUGGACAUGCUGCUCAAAGUCUGCAAAAACAUUUACCACAGCAUGACUGUCAACGCCAAGCCUGGUGUGGUUUUCGGAGCAGAUGACUUCCUGCCCUGUCUGACGUGGGUGUUACUUCGCAGCGAUGUUGUUACUCUGCAAAUAGACACGGACUACAUGAUGGAGCUGCUGGACCCUUCUCAGUUACAGGGAGAAGGUGGAUAUUACCUGACGUCCCUCUAUGCCUCCUUGUUCUACAUUAGCAGCUUUCGGUCUCGUUUGGUAACACGCCAGCUGAGCGCCGAAGCCCAGGAGUCCCUCAGCCAAUGGCGUCGUAGACGCACGCUCCACUGCAACCAAUCACGGCGCAGCAAGAACCGCAGGACCAUCAGGAGGCACAGAAGUAGUGAAAGAGUUGACGAGGACUCAGAGGAAGUGAAUGCAAGUGCAUCCAAAGAAAGAGAAGGACACUGGAUGCAUGUUGGUGAUGUGACAGAGACACUGCAGAGUUUGACUGAGAUUUCUGGAGAGGAAAAAGAAGAGGAGCAAAAUGGAAAAUCAGAGGAUUCAUAGCAAAAACAAAACCUCUGAGGCUGAGUAAUAGAGGAAUAAUGUUAACAUUAAAACUGCCUUGCACUUUUGCCUUAACAGUUUGUGAAAAACUUACCAGAAAUGUGGACAAUCCCCCUGUCCAAAACUACACAAUUGUUGGUCUUGGGGUUCUUAUUUCUUAUUGUGUGUCUCAAUAUCACAAUUUAUUGAGGCCUUAAUGCGUCUUUUGGUGAAGUCUACAGACUUAAUGCUGUGUAAUAUAUUCAAAUGUGUCUUAAAGUGUCUUAAUUUAAUUUGUAGCAGUAAUAGAGUCAGAACUAAUCAAAAAGCUGAAUAAACCAAGCACAAUUGAGUACCGA